CUCUUCAUUCAAUUCAGUUGGAGAUAAGCUGCAGCGCGGUUCGUAUUGGUGCAGCACUCGAUCCGUAUAUCAAUAUCCUCUUCGGCUCGAACAUGGCCAGUCUGUGCAGCCGGCCGUGCAAACUGACGUCGCUGCUCGCAAGGGUUGGUGGCGCACAGCAGGCUCGUGUCCUGCGGGCUGCGUCGUCGCUGGUCGCAGGUGAACCAAAGGCGCCGACCAUCAAAACCAACAUCCCUGGACCGCGCUCGAAGCAGCUGCUCCAAGAGCUUAAUCAAAUUCAACAAAGCGGAUCGAUUCAGCUUUUCGCCGACUACGACCGCUCGAUUGGCAACUACUUGGCAGAUGUCGACGGCAACGUUCUCCUCGACGUCUACACGCAGAUUUCGUCGUUACCGUUGGGCUACAACCACCCGCACCUCUUGCAGAUGCUCACUGACAAUCCGCACAACGUGAAAACGAUGGUGAACCGGCCGGCCCUGGGCGUGUUCCCUGGCGCCGACUGGUGUGACAAGCUUAGGAAGGUGCUGUUGGGAGUGGCGCCAGCAGGGCUGGAACAGGUGACGACGAUGGCGUGCGGCUCGUGCUCCAACGAGAACGCGUACAAAGCCAUCUUCAUGUGGUACCGUGGCAAGCAGCGCGGAGUCGACUUCAGCCCUGAAGAAAUUUCCUCGUGCAUGGUGAACCAGCCGCCUGGCAGCCCUGACCUCAGCAUCCUCUCCUUCCAUGGUGCCUUCCACGGCCGCACUCUCGGCGUUCUCUCCACCACCCAUUCCAAGGCCAUCCACAAGAUCGAUGUGCCCGCCUUUGACUGGCCCAUCGCACCCUUCCCCAACUACAGGUACCCUCUGGAGGAGAACAAGCAGGAGAACGCGGCCGAGGACCGGCGGUGCCUGGCAGCAGUUCAGCAGCUGAUUGAGGACGCUGCCAAAAAAGGCCGCCCGGUGGCCGGCAUCGUGGUGGAGCCCAUCCAGGCCGAGGGCGGCGAUAACGAGGGUUCGCCGGAGUUCUUCCAGGGUCUGCAGAAGGUUGCCCGCUCGAACGGCGCCGCCCUGCUUAUUGACGAGGUGCAGACCGGUGGCGGCGCCACAGGCAAGAUGUGGUGCCACGAGCACUUCAACUUAGACGGACCCCCUGACGUGGUCACCUUCAGCAAGAAAAUGCUCACCGGUGGAUUCUACCACACCGCUGAACUCAAAGCCCCGCAGUCAUAUCGCAUCUUCAACACAUGGAUGGGCGACCCUGGCAAGCUGCUGCUUCUGGAGGGCGUCAUCGAAGUGAUCAAGAAGGACGAUCUGCUGAGCCAGGUGCGCCGUUCAGGAGACCGUCUGCUCUCAGGGCUCAAGCAGCUGCAAAGCGAGUUCCCGGCGAUGCUCAGCAAGACACGGGGCCGCGGCACCUUCCUCGCCGUUACCUGCAGCAGCCCCAAACUCAGGGAUAGCCUCGUCGCUCGCCUCAAAACCAAAGGCAUUCAGAGUGGUGGAUGUGGCGAAGACUCGAUUCGGCUGAGACCAGCGCUGAUCUUCCAGGAGCACCACGUCGACAUUUUCCUUGACCGCUUCCGACAGGUGCUGGUCGAAAGCAAGUAAAUUUGCCCAAGAGGUAAGGCUCGAGGCGAGCAUCAACACAAUUUAUUUUGAAUGCUGCGCAAUGUAUGAAAUCGAAUGUCUUCCACUACGUAUGCUUUUGUUAUUAUUCUUUGUAAGUCAAAAGAUGCAUGGCUUCAAGUCGUUGUAUCGUGCCAGAAAAUAUAUAUUAAAUUUAAUGAUGCGUAUAUAUAGUUAGGUAACCAACCGUGUCUUCCAUGUGAAAAUGCAGCGAAACGCACAUAUUAUUGGUAUAUAAAUAUUUAUCUUUUGUGUUUUAAAAAGUACUGCACAAAGUCUUGGAAAUGAAUACAUUCCUCCUUCUCCUUGUCCACAAGCACCAAGAAUCUCUAUCUGUGAUUGUUCCCGAAAUUCCAUAGCAAAAUCUCUUUCUAAGGCCAAAAAGUAUUCUGUUUAACAAUCAGUCGUGUAUUGUGUCAUUUUAUCGUGAAAUAAAUAUCCACAUUUAGUGUGCA